AAAAUACACAACGCUCCGUAAACACCGUACACGGGGGAUAGCGAGUCGUAGCCGUUACUUCUCGGCAGGCCAGCGGACGCGAUCGGAAUCUUCACCGGCACCAUGGAGGUUUGCUGCUUGAAAAUGGCUUCCAGAUGCAGACCUGUGAGGCCCACCAAGGACAUAACGCAGCUUUCGUCGGCAGGAUCUUCGCACGACUGUGGAGCCCUUUCCCGGGUCGUAAUGGUCAGAAAAACGGACCAGCGUGUCAUCAACCACAAGGGUAGCAAAAAGGAUCCACUGUGCGAGGUGAUUACCAUGGAGACGAUACAGACGUACAAAGGCCACAAACCGGAUCGAACCGUUGUGUUUAAGGAGAAGUUCGAUCUUACCGACAACGACAUGUGUCGAUCGCAAUCGACGGGAAAACUGUCGGCCGGGUCGCCGAGGCUGUCGAUUUCCCCACUACGAACGAUUCUCACAACAAGCGCCGAGCUCGAGCGAACACGUGGAGCAGCGGCGUGCGACCGGAACAAUAAUAACACGGCACCAGCGGCGUCCCACAGUGCGGUCCAAUCGUUGCGACCGAAGUCGCUGGACCGAACCAAAGACUUGCAGAACCAUUUGAAGAGUCCCUCGAUAGGCAGUCUGCGGUCCUACGGAACGCAGUCGUACCGGCGCGGUUCGGCCUCCAUGUACACCGAGUUCGAGCGGGACUGUCUGAAGGCGCACAAUCAGUACCGGACGCGACACGGGGUGCCACCGCUCAAGCUCUGCAAGCGCCUUUGCCGGUACGCCGAGGAAUGGGCAAAGGUGAUAGCGGCCCGGGGUGUGCUGGUCCAUCGGAGUAACUCGCAGUACGGCGAGAACAUCUUCUGCUCGUGGAGCUCGUCAAACACGGUCAGCGUCAGCGUCACCGGCCAGGAACCGGUUGAGAACUGGUACAGCGAGAUCGAUUUGCAUGUUUUCGGUAAGGAACCGGCUACGCUCAAGACGGGACACUUUACGCAGGUCGUGUGGAAGGACAGCCGGGAGCUUGGGGUGGGAGUGGCCAGAAAUCGCUCGGGGCAGGUGUUUGUAGUGGCGAAUUAUGAUCCCCCGGGGAACUACAUUGGAAGCUUCGCGAAGAAUGUGCCACCGUUGGGAGGCUUUGAGGUGCCUAAGAUUAUCGUUGACAAAGCUUCCGCGGCCAUGCAGGGUACCAAAAAGACGGAGACGGACUCGAUAAUGGAUAGUAAAACUUCGAAGACGUCUGCACAACAGCGCUCGAGAGAAAACCGGAACGGAAAUGAAGGCGAAGCCGGUAUUAAGCUGGAGAAACACGUCCGUAUCGUGGACGAGAAUGAUCCGGAUGAAUUUAAUGAAUUUUGCGUGGCAGUUUUGAAGCACCACAACGAGUUCCGACGGAAGCAUGGUGCACCGAAUUUGAUAUUACACAAGGAGCUCGUGAACGACGCACAGCAAUGGGCCGACAUAUUAGCCAGGGAUGAUCGGUUCACCUAUCGGCAGAACUCCAAGUACGGCGAGAAUCUCUACUGCCUGUGGUCGUCGGAUCGGAAUGCCCUGCCGAACGCCAGGGAAGUCUGCCGCUCGUGGUACGAGGAGGCCAAGCAGUUCACGUUCAACGUGGAGCCCCGCACGGCCGUCAAGGGUGGCCAGUUCACGCAGAUGGUGUGGAAGGGCACGAAGGAGCUGGGCGUGGGCAUUAGCAAAACGCGCAGUGGGAAAGUUAUUGUCGUAUGCACGUACUACCCGCGAGGGAAUGUGCUCGGCCAGUUUCUGGCCAAUGUGUGCAAGGCACGUUAGUGUAGUUUUUCGCACGGCGGCCAUAGAAUCCGCAGUCACAAUGAGAACACAAAGUACCUAAGCUGUAAAGAUAAUCAGGAAAUUAUGGAAGCCUUAAUAGCAAGAAGAGCCAUCAAAUCAUGUGUUGCAUUCAAAUAUUCAUAAAUCGGAUAUACUAUACAAAAAUACUACAUCUCGAAAAACAAGAAACAAACAUAAUGAAAUAAAUAUUUUCAAUAACACUUAAUUGCUUGUAAAUAAGCAAGACAAAGGCCAUGGUUGUUUGCCAUUACAGGAAGUUACCAGUUAUCAACGCUUUAUAUCGAAUAUAUGCUUUUUUACAUAAAUCAAUCGACAUAAGCAUUGCUUAGAAUUCACGUUUUUGAAUGGCACAUGUAUACAUUCACAAAAUAAAAGUACUUUUCAAGAUAACUUAACCUUCAUAUUGAAAACAAUAAUUGGAAAAAAAUCACAUCAACAACAUUCAAAGAGGCUUCAAACGGUCUACAAAUAUUGUAUCUCACCAUGUUACAAGAAGUUUUAAGAAAAAAUAAAUCUUGUAUUAAACAUAUUAUAGUAUCUAACGCGAAACGAGUGAUUCGUAGCUCGCCUUCGAUGGCUGUAAAAAAAAAAAAACACACAAACAUGGUUGAAAACUUAAUUUUAUGCUAGAUGAAAAUGCACAAAAAAAGUACUUUUAAAUGUACCGCAAAAUGGUGUACAUCUUAAAAUUCUUACCGAAACUGUAUCCGUCACGUGCUGCUUUUUGACAUGCGAAUAAUAUCUUAAACAACCAGCACCUUAAACAUGAGACUGUUAAUCACAAUGCAAUCAAGUUCUUUCGUACAGUUUGCGUACCCAUUAUCGCAAUUUUGAAAGUUAUUCAAACU